AUGGGUAUCAAGGAAGGCUUGUCCGAGCUUUGGGACGACUUAAUGUCUUACCGGACGCUCAAGGUCGUAAAGAUCAGCGACAAGCGAUUGGCCUACGUUCACAAAACUCUCAUGGCGGCUAUUCUUUGCUACGCGUUAAUCUCUGUGAUCGGAGCUCACACAUACAUGCUUAAGGAAAAGCCCCGUGUGUACAUGUCAACCACCAUAAAUGAUACCGUCAGAGAUCUCAGCGUUACCGACGCCACAACGCUGGAGCAACUUUACUGCAACUCGUCAUUUGCAAACUUUGUGGGUGACUCAUUGGUUCCAGAGGGGGCGUACUUAAAUAACAAAUGCGUCACUUACAUACCAAGCUCACAAAUUGUUGAAACGAACGACGCGGCAACGUUUGUUGCGACGCACAUACGAUCAAGAGCAUUCACGAGGUGGUGCGAAAACAAUGUGACAAAAGUCGGCUGCAGUAUUAAAUAUAAUCCCGACGAGAAUCAGUUUCCACUCGAUCCGGAUAAUCUAAUUUUACAAUUCCGCCCACGUUUUGUCACGAGUUGGGGGUAUAACGGGUAUCCGUCAGAAGUCAUCGUCUACGAUUCUGCAUUCACGGCCUUCAAAACGUUCCUCACCACGAACACGAAUAGUACGGAAAAAUAUCCUAUCAUGUACCUGCACGAAGUUCUUCGCCUGGCAGGAAUCGGACUUGAUGACAGGAACGAAUUAGAUGUCUCAACUAGCUUUUCCGCGGAGUUUCCAAUUUACCGUUUGACGGGUGUGCGCUUGAGCGUUGAGUUGACCUUUAGCAAUUUCCGCCCCAUGUCACAUUUCAAGCCGUUUGAUUUCACGCCGCAAGCGACGAUGAGCAUACAGCUAAACAGCAAAGGAAGCUUUGUGACGAGUUUGGACACAGUUCACUUUUCUGGGCGAGCUGAAGAUAUUUCAGAAAGCGGAACUAUCAUGGAGUAUAGAGGAGUGCAGUUGGAGUAUGGCGCAAAGGGAUUGAUGGGUAAAGCUGAUCCAUACACGGCUAUGAUGGCAAUCAUGAGCUGUUUUAUCAUGGUCUCAGUUGCAACAACUGUAGUUGAUAUCAUAGGCGCUUUUAUAUAUGACUCGUUCAAGGAUGACAAAAUAGAAGAUGACGGCGAGCGACAACACUUAGAGCACAUGAUUUUAAACUUAGAGACUGUUGGGGUUCCAUUUGGACAUGACGAUUUGCAGAUUCUUCCGAAUGUGUCAAUGAAGGAGUUUCUACAGUUGCUUCAGCGCGACAUUGUGAAGUUGAAUGCUUUGGCCCAUCACAUGAGCCGCGACCUCGCCGCGGCUGGAUUGAAUCAGCACACCAUGUCCAUUCAGCAAACAUCAAAACAGGCAGGUGGGAUGAAGUAUAAGUGUCGACUCAUCGCACCAGAUAGAACGGAUAUUUAUCUCACUGGAGGACCGCAAACUAUCGGACGUGGUCACGGAGGUUGUGACUCAAAGCGCAUUUCCCACAAGCAGUUGAGCAUAGUGGCGAAUAUACAGACAGGCGUUGCGUUGGUCAAGGGUCUGCACACGAAGAACGUGUCGGGAGUGGCACUGGCAGGUGGUGCCUGGCAGACGCUAGGCCCCAACGAUGAAGCUGAACUUGAGGCCGGUGAUAUGAUCACACUGCUUUUAGACCAAAACGAAGAUGAGACAAGCGCAGACGGUGUUUUCAUUUACGUUGUCGAAAAGUUAGAGGAGUUGCAGAAUAAGAGCUGGUUCAGCUUUUAA